CUGCGCUGUUAGCAACACGAGCUAGUGGAUGGCUUCUAGGAACCAAGGUGUGGAGCAAGAAGAAGCCCUGCGCAGAGGAGACACUCCAGACCUCGGCGACUUGAAAUAACCCCAGCUAAUCCCUGAGCUAACCAUUAUCCCUCCAUGCGGCCCGGGGAAGGAAGAUAACGAUAAGAGCCCCUCCAAAAUUAGCCGCCGCGGUGUCGAGGAGUCUCCACCUCGGACAGUCCGCCUCCUGGUUUCCUCUGGCUAGCUGCUGAAACAUCGACUGGUGGGAAUGAGGCUGCCCAGCAACAGACUCUGUAUGAUGGAGGGAGACGGCAAGAAGAUGGACCAAGCGCCACCAUUCCGGAACCCUUUUGUACACAUUUUGAAAUUCACUCCUCUGGAAAAAGCAAAGCUAGCAUUCAUGACGGUCACUCUGUUCCCCAUCCGUCUACUCAUCGCAGCGUUCAUGAUGCUGCUGGCUUGGCCUUUUGCCUUUGUGGCCUCAGUUGGACGAUCGGAGACGACUGUUGAACCCCAGUGCCUCUGGAGGAGACUGGUUGACAUCAUUCUGAAGAUCAUCAUGCGGGUCAUGUGGUUUGCGGGUGGUUUCCACUGGAUGACAGUGAAGGGGCGAAGAGCACUGCCUGCCGAAGCACCAAUCCUGACUGUCGCGCCUCACUCUUCUUACUUUGACGCCAUCCCCGUCACCAUGACGAUGGCAUCUAUUGUGAUGAAAGCGGAGAGCAAGGAUAUACCCCUAUGGGGAACUUUGAUCAAGUACAUCCGGCCAGUAUUUGUGUCGCGCUCAGACCAGAACUCCAGAAAGAAAACGGUGGAAGAGAUCAAACGCAGAGCCCAUUCAGGUGGCGAGUGGCCGCAGAUCAUGAUUUUUCCUGAGGGAACGUGCACCAAUAGAUCGUGCCUGAUCACAUUCAAACCAGGUGCUUUCAUCCCAGCAGUUCCAGUGCAGCCCGUGGUGAUUCGUUACCCUAAUAAGCUAGACACCAUUACAUGGACGUGGCAAGGACCUGGAGCGUUUGAAAUCCUGUGGCUCACACUUUGUCAGCUGCAUAAUGAGUUUGUCGUUGAGUUCCUUCCCAUCUACACUCCAUCGGAGGAGGAGAAAAAGAACCCAGCUCUCUUUGCCAUCAACGUCAGAAGAGUCAUGGCCAAAGCUCUCGGGGUGCCCAUCACGGAUUAUUCAUUUGAGGACUGCCAGCUGGCCAUGGCAGAGGGCCAGUUGAAGCUGCCAGUGGACACCUGUCUGCUGGAGUUUGCCAAGCUAGUCAGGAGACUCGGGCUGAAGCCCCAAAACACAGAGAAGUCGCUGCAGGACUACGGGAACAGGGCCCGGAAGCUGGAGGGACAGAAACUCAGCCUGAACGACUUUGCUCAGUUCCUGGACGUGCCAGUUUCAGACAUGCUGCGGGACAUGUUUGCUCUUUUCGACGAGCACGAAGACAACUGCAUGGACAUCCGAGAGUACGUGAUCGCCUUAUCAGUGGUGUGCAGACCUGCCAAAACUCUGGAGACAAUGAAAUUGGCCUUCAAGAUGUUUGAGGCAGAAGAGGACGGGGCUAUCACAGAGAGGGAGCUGUCAGUGAUUCUGAAAACAGCUCUGGGAGUGAGUCACAUCAGUGUGUCGCGUCUGUUUUCUGCCAUCGAUGCAGAAGACACGGGGAAGAUCACAUUCGAGAGCUUCAGAAAUUUCGUGGAGCAUCACAUGGACUUUGCUGAAGAGUUCCUCCACACUGAGAACACGGGCGUCAACAACGGUCCCUGUCACUGCUACCUAGAGAAGCGCAGCCCAAGAGCUCUGGACCGCCACCACACCAAAAUCAGCAGAGCCACGAACGGUAUCUGCCCCGACUUCAGCCCCAACGACACCAUAGAUGGACUCCUUAAGAAACACAAGUGAGCCGAGCGCCGAGGGCUCUCCUGGCGAGAGGGAUGCACGCAAAGGGCACCGGACUGUAUCUUAGUAACCGACAUGAAAAUGAAACGUUUACCUUUUUUAUUAGUAUUCUGUGCAUAAAAUCUUUCAGAGGUUAUUUUCUGCCGCCUGGAAACUGGCUUAUUUUGUUAUAAAUUCCACUUUUUUCAUCAAAACCACCGUCACCAAAAGGCCAAGCAGCGGCCCCAGCAGCUUGUGAAAUACUUGAAGGGCAAGCACCUGUUCGGCGUCUCAAGGGAAACAUCUGUUGCGUCUUUAUUCCCCCACGUCGAUAAAGAGGGAAGAAACAAGGACCGCUUUUUCACUCUGAUAAAUAUACUUCUGUUUUGUUGUUGUUUUCUUCAGCUCAGAAGUAGCUGCUUUUUGUAUGUACAGUGCAGAGCGGAGCAGCCGAGCGUAUUUUGUGCAGUGUGUUGGAGGGAGUUCACCAGUGACAAAUGUUUGAGUGCAGGUUUUUCUACAUUCGAGGUGAAACUCUCUUUCGGGGCUGAACAUUUCAAUGAUAUUCUUGAUUUAGCUCAGGGUUCAGUGGCAAAAAUCCAAACUUAAUGAUGUCAUGUUGACGCUUGCUGGUGUUUCUUUCCAUCAGUAAUACUACUUCACUACUUCCAGGCUUUUUCUGUCAAAAAGGGACGAACAGUGGACCAAAAAAAUGCAGGAUGGGUGUCGCCAACAUUCCAGUUGGGACCCGCAUUGUAAACCAUGAUUCGGCAACUUUCAGCUGUCGCCGUUGAUCAGUAAGUGCUGAGUCGAGAUGUUUUGCAACAACAAUCGUUUGAGGAUGCAACCAGCCUCACUUGGCUGCUGGUUCAGAGGAAGCCCCUCCUCCUGCGCCCAGUCGGAGGCUUGGCCUUCCAUUUUUUUAAAGCGUGAAAUGCAGCGACACAGGUUCAGUGACGUCGUGGGUGAGCCACGAUUGAGGACAUGUGAACUUACAGCUUUAAAACAGUGGGUUGUUUUUUUUUUUUUUUGCUUUGUUUUAACAGAGAAAUUUUAUUCUGACUUUCCUUGAGAAUGUACGUUGAAAUGAAGGCGUUUUAUGUUUCCACGAUCCAAUGUGAAUAGCAUGAACACAAAUCGCGACGAAUUCAGUUUAUUCUCUUUCCUUUUUCCUUCCCAAGAGCGCGUAACAUUCCAAUCAUCCUGAAAUCCAGACUCUUUUGAGCUGAUGGAAGGGGAAGCCGUCAAGGUACUGGAUCGGUCGACAACCUUUGUGACCAUUCCGUUAUGAAGCGCUCGGCGAGGCUGUGUCUGCGUCGACGACCUUGAGCAGAUGUAUGUUGAAGAUUCCGAAUGCGGGACAUUCUGUGAAUUUUGAAUAUACAUGACCUUUUGCUUUCACUGCCAGGACGAUGUCGCGCUCUCUCGCCUCUGCUCACACCUAACGGCCAGUUUUCCAUUGUUCUUGGGUCAUUUCUCCUUAUUCCAGCUGAGUUGACUGCUCGGAAACGAAAAUGCAGAUUUCUUAUCGUCAAUGACUUUUAUGCUGAAAAGAGAAUGUAAAGACAAUCCUGUCGCGAUCGGAGUUACUCCUCUGAUCUGUCUUUUUCUUUGUGUGAUUGUGUGUUCGGAGCCUCGAGGAGGGGAUUGGCGCCCCCUAAUGACAGGCCACCUGCACUCUUCCUCCUUGUUCUGCUUUCGCGCUUGUUUCUUUCCGUGUCAGUGGCAGUGAUGCUUAUGUCGGUGGGUCUGGUGCGUCGUUUGGGGAAAGCCGACGUACAGUCUUGACCAAAGGUUGAGGAGAGUUUCAUGCGCAUGUGGGACGAAUCUUUGCAGACCAAUGUCGACUUGUGUUUCUAUGAAAUCAGGACCACCAGAGUGUUUUAUUCUCCCCCAUUGUGUUAGCGCAACUCAUCACUCUAGCUUAAAGUCACCGUUUAUUUCCUGGUGUCCUGAGGUAUAUUCCAAAGCUGCGCUGUGAGGGGAUCAUGCAGUCAUAGACAGCAUGACAUCCGUAACAGGCAUCUCUGCUCUGAUAAUCCAACCAAAACCUGCCUCCUCUCUCGCCAAAGUCCACUUCACACAAGCCCAACGGAAGACACUUGAAGAGUUCCUUUUUGAUUUCAUUAAAUCACCUAUCGAUGGAGGUUCAGACACGUCAAAGGCUUCUUGCUCCCAUCACAGGUUCUUUGCAGUCAGACUUCAGGACGGUUUCCCAGCUGUUCUCCCAGCCACCCAGAAACAUCUGCAUCCACUUCCUAAACCACUGGUCAGGACUGUAGGAUGAAGCUUCCCCUCCUCUCUUCAACAAACACAUCUUAAAGACACAUACGUCUCAAGAUUGUUGAGACCAAGCAUCUCCUCUAUUUUUGAUGGCCGAUGAGGGAAACCACUCUGCUUCGUACAUAAAUGUGGAGCUGUGUUUAUCGAAGAGUGGGCUGUUAUUUAUUCAGACUUUCGCCAUGUUCUUUGUUUCUUCGUUGACAUUUACAUUAAAGAUUUUUUUAGACGUGUCACUGCUUCUCAGAUGCCUCGAUGGAGGUGCUAUAUUUUGGUGUAAUCUGCCAAUAUAAACUGUAUUUAUGCUCCUGCUGCCUGCUGACUACAGUUGUCUGUUGGCGAGCUGAAGACGAGAGACUCGUGCGGCUCUCUAGCGCCACCUAUGGCUUCUCUGAUGGCUCGCCUCGCUCGGGCUCCAACCUCUGGAGCUCCUUUUCUAUACCGGGUGAUUUUAAUGUUGCAUUUGGGUGAAGAGUCGUCACGGCAACACGGUUUGGAUUCGUCUGUUUAGGACUCUGCAAUGCUAUAACUUGUUGUGACUCUUGGGUUUCAUUAAAAAACAAAUGCUGACAAGGUCUCUGUUGAGU